GUGAAAAAGGCAUGCUGUUGGAUUCAGGAAUAAAAAAAGCCGAGGCAAGCAGGUCUUCAGAACAAAAAGUUUCCUCUGUGAAGACAAACGUGUGGGCUCUUUCUCCUGGGGUUGUUGUGUGCAUACAGAGAUCCGAUCAUCGCGUUUUAUGUGUGAGCGCACGGAGGGUUGGACACAUUAAAGGAGCAUCAGGAGGCGGCAGAGACGCUUCACAGACGAAGCAAGAAGAAGAGAGAAAGGGAAGGAGAGAAAGGGAGAGAGAGAGAUUAUCUCACUCUCCCAGUCGCAGUCGCAACCGGAUCACAGCCAGCUUCUCUCUCCACACGGCAAUAGCAGGACAAUGUCUAGUAAAGCGACUUUAGCCUUACUCAUCUAUGGAAUCAUAAUGCACUACAGCAUCCACUGCUCACCUCUCGGGCUAAGCUAUCCUAACCUUAGACUUGAAAAUGAGGUUUAUGACGAAGAUGGAAAUUCGUUACCGGACUUGGCUUUUGACAGUGAUCAAAUUGCUUUAAGAAGUCCCCCAUCUGUGGCGGACGACGUGUACACUUUAUACUACCCACCCGAGAAAAGAACCGAAAGGCAUGCAGACGGAAUGUUUAAUAAAGCCUACAGGAAAGCGCUGGGUCAGUUAUCAGCAAGACAAUAUCUCCAUUCUCUGAUGGCAAAGCGUGUAGGUGGAGGGAGCACCAUGGAAGACGACUCAGAACCUCUGUCAAAGCGACACUCGGAUGGGAUCUUCACAGACAGCUACAGCCGCUACCGAAAGCAAAUGGCAGUCAAGAAAUACCUGGCGGCAGUCCUUGGGAAAAGGUAUAGACAGAGAUAUAGAAGCAAAGGACGCCGGCUAGCGUAUUUGUAGCGUUGCUAAACCAAACUACCAUGUGUGUACAGCCCAGAUCAAGUCAUUUUGAGAAAACUGAACAAUUGGUGGAUCGCUCUUGUGUUCUUUAAACAUGUAUUUAUGUAUGAAGUAAAGCCAUUAAAAUUAAUAUUUUGAUAAUAAUAUUGUUUUUCUUUUGUACUUAAGCACUUGAGAACGCACAGAUCUACUUUGUGGACCAAUCCUUUUGUUCAACCUAAAUAUAGCCUAUAUUUAUUUAUUUUUAGACCUACUUAGAAAAAGAAGAUGAAAUGAUGUGCACAUGAUCAAUAUGCUCUUUACCCUGUCUUUUAAACAUUUAAAUCCAGAUAUGAAUGAGAAGGAAAUAAAUAGUUUAAAAGACAAUCAAUGUAUUGAAUGUUACUUUGUGGCAACUGAAAUUAAGAGCUUAGUGUCUUUAUUUACAACAGCCCUGAAGACUUAGGUUUUCACCAUAUUCUACAAGACAUAGACUUUGAUGCCCUACCGGAUGGGGAUGAGUUUGAGGCUAUUUUGGGAGACUGGCUGAAACAGUUCUCUCCCGAAUUUCCGGUGAGUUCCAGGCUCUUUCCCGAGGCCUUGUCUUGAGGGAUGUCUCUUGUCCCUCCCUCUUUUUCUCACCUUACCCUGUGAUCUUAGCUCCAGAUACUAAAUACAACCAAGUCUUCUUCCUUUCUCGUUUGUGCUCCUGUCUCCCUAGAGAUACUGUACAACUGUAUCUAUAUUCACACCUAUACUGCAUGCAGUAUACGUAUGAACAUUGAAUGUGUAUGGAUAUACUGUAAAUCCUUUAAAAUUCCCCAUAAAUAUCUCAUUGGAGGCUGUAGGAUAAUAAUGUGACUGCUAAACAGUAUUAUAAAUACAUUAUUUAUUUAAGGCCAAAACAGACAUGACCCAACAGGCUCUAGAAUCCUUAUAUAUGGCGGUAAUUCAAAUACUAAAGUGGAAUACUUGUUAGAAUGACCCCUAUGACCUCCAUGACCCUCAUAAGAUGAGGACCAGAGUGCUUUUGAGCUUUUUUUUCCUUCCUGUUCUUCUUCUUCAGUGUUAAAGAAAAUGAGCUUACACUUUUGAACUUUGUGCAAAGUAUCUAUCUCGUGUUCCUCUGUAGUGGUAUACAUGUGUUUGAAAAGCUCUUGAAAACCUGGAAUGCUGUUAAAGGUUUUCCAUUUGUCUCUUCUCGCCACAUAAGAAGCAUCAUGAACAUAGAAUAACCUGAAUGGUCAUCGGACUCAAAAAGAAAGUCCAAUAACAAAAUUGAGACCAUUUCCACUGACAUUAUACUUUUUAUGUGGCUUCACUUAAUUUCAAUGUAUUUUUUAUUUUUCAUGAGGAACAUUUCAGAGGCAAUUUGAAGACGUGUUGCACCUUCCUGGUCUACUGUGCUUUCCCCUAUCUUGUCAUGUGAACCAAUGUAAAGCUAGAUCGCAUGAUUAAAGUAAUUGCACUAGCCACCAAAUCUGUGCAAACUACUGCAAUUGGAUGGUUUUCUUUGCUCACUGAUUGACGUAUAUACAUAUGUGUUUUUUCUGGAUGUUGUUUUGUUUUUGUUCUCUCCCCAACAUUACUGCACAAAGUGUUUGAUUGAACGUCUCACCCCUGUCUUCUGUAUAGGAAAGCUCAGAUGAAUGUACUGCAGGGGAGAAGCUUUUAGAAAGAGUUGCGUCAUGUUUUCUUUUUAGUCUCUUCUCAAUGGGACUUGAGAUAAGAUUCUGUUACAUUCCAAUGUAUUAUAUGCCAAAAACAAUGCUUGAAUGAUUGUUGUUUUGAAUAAUCCUUACGUAUCCUGGCAGCCCAAGCACAGCACAGUCAAACUUCUACCUAACCAACAGUUAGACAAAGCCUUAAACGUACUUCACCGUGCCUGUACUAUUCUGAACACCACCAAUUCCAAACUAGCUUCUCAGUUUACUUGCCUCUUUUUUCUUGAUGUAAGUGAUCACAAGAUGAGAAGCAGAGAAAACCUGUUCAGUGCUAGAUAGACCCAAGUACGAGAGGGGGAGUGGGAGGAAGAGAGAGGAAUGAGGAUAGUGGGUGCGAGAGAGGAGAACAAAGAGAAAGAGGGACACAGAGAAAGAAGGAGAGUCCAUGACCAAUCGAUUCGAGAGAAAACAGGGUGAUUUUUGGCAGUGAAAGGAAUUUACCAGACAAAGGUUUCCACACCUCAUUAGAAGAACUUGGCCUAUCAUCUCACUUGUACCCAUCAGUGACAGAUAGACAGAACAAGCCACACUUCUUCUCACUAGAGGCAUGAUUGGGUUCGCUACUUCUGUAUUAGCCAUCCCAUUUCUCGACACCAUGAAAAAUAGUU